AUGAUUCUUUACUUUGUCAGAGUUGCCAGAUCUCCUAGCUACGCCAUACCGAGGAAUAGUCCUUCCAUAAGCUCCUCCAACUUGGAGAGCAGCCCUUUCCAGAGGGUUAGCUCCCCCAUCCCAAGGAGUAGCUCCCCUGUCCCAAGGAGCAGUUCCCCUGCCCCAAGGAGUAGUUCCCCCACCCCAAGGAAUAGCUCUCCCAUCCCAAAUAAUAUUUUCCCCAUCCCCAGCAGCAGCUCCCCCCUCUCAAGUAGCCCCCCCUUUCUGAAGAGCUCACCCAUGAAUAGGUGUGGUCUAAACACCGCGAGUACUGCCUCCUUCGCGACCACUGUGCCUGAUGAGAAGAGCAGUCCCACAUCAGCCACCACACAUGGUCCUUUCAAGCGUACACAUCAAUAUAGUUUACUUGAAGAGGACAAUGAACUUGAGGAUAAUGGGCACUUUCCUAGCAAAAGAUCCAGGACGCUAUUCACAUCAUUCACUUUCAAAUGCCCCCCGGACACCACAGUCUAUUUCACAGAAUGCAUGCUUGAGCUUUCCCGUGUCAGUCGCUGGACCAUUGCUGCAAAGAUGGAAUACCAGCGCCUAUGCACCAAAGAACUGGAGCUGAUAAUGGCCAUCAUCCGCGAUGAGCAUGAAGAAUCCAAGGGUCAUCUGACUAAAACAGAUUUGCAGAUUGGUUCACUCCGAAAUGAUCUUUACGACACCGACGUGUAUGUGCAGGAACGCACGACCCUCUUACUCGACGACACUAACCUGUCGAAAUACGCACUUCACGGCUAUGAUCCUGACAGGGGAAAAAUUCUGGUAUAUUCAGCACCUCCGUUUUUCGACUUACAUGAAGAUUUCUGGUUUGGGCAUAACCCGCCGUUCCUCGACCUGCAGUCACAGUCAUUGAUAUCGUCCAUUUUAUGGCAUAUGUAUUUAAUAACAGGCGCUGCAAUAAUGUGCGUCAUCUGUCGCACCGCAGAAGGCCGGCUCUCCAAGACGAAGAAUGUCCUCCAGUUCACCACCAAAAAUUACUCAAAAGUGGUGGGAGGAAUUUGUGAGGCCAUGAUGAAGUAUGCUGUGACACUGGAGCUCAACAAAUAUGAAUUCAUGCCAUGCAUGCAAGUGCAUCACAAUAGAUGCUUACGAAAGCUUCGUACACGCACAGGUCAAAUGUUGCCCUCAAAAAACACCAUGAAUUAUGUUGCAUCUACUACUGCUGAGUUGUACUGCCGACGCCCAUCCAUGACGCAAUCGCUGCCGCUCUCGAACUCCUCAUCGGGUUCAGUACCCUCAUCGACAUUCGACUACACUUCCCCUCCUGUUGUGUCUUCAUCAUCUUUGACAGGGACUUCAUGGUUCCAGUGCGAUGAUGACCGUGAUGAUAAUGCCAUCGCCAACUCGCCAACAUCAUUUCGACACUUUUCGGUGGGACUGCAGUACUCACCUGGGCAUCUUAGAGAUGAUCCAAAUGCGAGUUUGCAGGCACCCAGGCCUUUGUAUUAUCCUCCCUUAUUAACUGACUCUGAUCAGUAUCUAUACGGGAGUUCGAGUUGGAGUAAUAGCGGGAUGUCAGGUACGGGCUGGGGCGGCCCCGCAGCAUAA